ACUGCAGGGGGGAGAAACUCCGCGUUGGUUAGGUCCUCGUCGUUCUUGGCCUGUUUGUACAAUAUGUGUGUGUGUAUUUGAGAGCGUGCGCUUUUUCUGUCUAUAAUAACUUUCAUUCUAUAAUUGACAACAUUUGAAUCCUAUAACAUUCGGUGCUGCACAAGAAUAGACUGACCAGUAAAACACAACGUAGUCAACCGGACUCAAGCUGCUGACGUUUCCCAGCCGACACCGCGGCAUUCGACAGGCGACAUGCCGGGAAUGAUGGAUAAAGGUUCUGAAUAUUUGGGGAAAGCUCGCUCUAACGGUACCAAGAGUCCGUCCAACGCCUCCAACGGACAUUUAACGGACGAGAGCGGCAGUGACGACGAACACGAUGUUGGCAUGCGAGUCGGAGCGGAUUAUCAGGCAAACAUCCCCGACUUCGAGGCCGGCUCCAGCAAGUAUUCCGAGAAGGACAAUGGCGGGAUGUUGGUGUGGUCCCCCUAUCACAACAUCGACGACACCAAACUGGAUGAAUACAUUGCACUUGCAAAAGAGAAACAUGGCUACAAUGUUGAGCAGGCCCUCGGGAUGCUCUUCUGGCACAAACACAACAUCGAGAAGUCUUUGGCUGACCUUCCCAACUUCACGCCCUUUCCCGACGAGUGGACGGUAGAGGACAAAGUUCUCUUUGAACAAGCGUUCAGUUUUCACGGGAAGAGUUUUCACCGCAUCCAACAAAUGCUGCCAGAUAAAUCCAUCUCCAGUUUGGUCAAGUAUUACUACUCGUGGAAGAAGACCAGAUCCAGAACCAGUCUGAUGGAUCGACAAGCUCGAAAGCUCGCCAGUAGGAGCAACCAGGGGGACAGCGACGAGGAGAUGGAAGAACCCAACGCUAUGGAAACCAAUGACAGCGACUAUGAUCCCAACAAGGAAGCCAAGAAGGAGCAGAACCAGGCGGAGUCAUCCACGCCGGCCUCAAAGUUGGCUUUGGGUCGGCGGGAGCACCAAACACUGCAGCACCGCCACCAUCAGCGCUCCCGUUGCCGCCCCCCCAAAGGCAUGUACCUGACUCAGGAUGACGUGGUGGCGGUGUCCUGUAGCGCCGCUGCCGCCAACACCCUCCUACGCCAGCUUGACAUGGAGCUGGUGUCCCUCAAGAGGCAGGUCCAGAACGCCAAACAGAUGAAUAGCGGGCUGAAGCAUGUCUUGGACCCUGGAAUCAACGACUUCCGACUGCCUGAGUGUGGUCAGAAGGUGAACGCUCGCUGGACGACUGAUGAGCAGCUCCUCGCCGUUCAAGGAGUCAGGAAGUACGGCAAAGACUUCCAGGCCAUCGCAGAUGUCAUCGGCAACAAGACGGUCGGACAGGUGAAGAAUUUUUUUGUCAACUACCGGCGGCGUUUCAACCUGGAGGAGGUGCUUCAGGAGUGGGAGGCGGAGCAGGGAACACCAGCUCCCAACGGGGACGGCGCCACCUCAGGGGAGGAAGGAAAGAACAUGUCUGCCACACCUUCUGGGAAGAGCACCGAUGAGGAGGACGAAGAGGCUCAGGCCACCUCAGGCACGUCGCCCGUCGCUGCCGGCUCGUCUUCAUCUCAGACGGCAAUCCCAUCAAGCCCCGCCUCCUCCCUCCACCAGCCCCCGCCUCUUCUGCGCCCCUCUCUGCCGGCCACUCCCUCCCUGCAUCGCCAACCGCCCCCGCUCCAACAGCAGGCCCGCUUCCUGCAGCCCCGGCCCGCCUUGCAGCAGCCCCCGCCUCUCAUCCGUCCCUCCAACCCCCCGCCGCCGCGUCUCAACCCCCGCCCUUCCGUUCCCACAACCCUUGGUGGUAGUGCAGCGGGGGCGGGUGCAAGCGGCACCCAACAGCCCUCCGGUGUGGCGGUCAAUCAGUCGGACUCGUCCUCCUCCCUCCACUAACCAACCAAGAAGCAAAGAUGCAUUCAGGUGAGAGCGGGGAAUGUGGACGUUUGCCACCUAUCAGCAGAACGUAGCGCCAUGUUGACAGAGCUGUCAGUCAAAUGGAGUCAAGAUAGUGGCACGGGACCGUGCAACAUAAAUGUAGAUAUAUGUACAGUAACGGGUCACCGGACUGACUUACAUGCAGACAGCGUGGCUUCAAGUCCCUCUCAGUCUCACCCGGUCCAGAUGGGGUAAGCUCCAAUGAACCGGCACAGAAGAUCAAUUGGUGUUGGAAAGUUCUUUUCAUUUUUACUUUCUUUGUCAUUUGGUAAUACAGUCAUAUAUAUUGAUCAUUUACAUGCUAAUCAAUACGUUUCUUAAUUAAUUGAUCAUUUAUGUGCCCAUGAAAUAAGUUUGUUAAUAAAUUAAAAUAAAUUUAUCAUUUACGUGCUGAUCAGUAAGGGUUUCACUCAUCUGCAUUUGCUGAAAGGCCGCUGUUCUUCAGCCCAACGACUGAGAUGUAAUACAAAAUGGUUAACAUGAUCUACUCUGUAUGUAUUAUAAUUACGUAUCACUGUGUUCUUGACAUUCUAUACUGUAUAUCAUUGAGUGUGAUCAGUCAAUUAAAAGUAUCACUCAUUUCAAUUA